AUGAACUCCAACGAGCUGGUUCACUACCUCGCCGACAAGCCUCCUUCGGUUGUCAGGCUCGAGAUUGAGAAGCACUUUGAGGCAUUGAACGAUAAGCAGAAGCGUUAUGCUCACUACAUCAGCAAAGCUGCUUUCGCCGGUACCAGAAUUGUCCUUCGACAGAUCUCCCCCGAGUCUGAGCCCAUCUUUGACUUGAUUCUGUCUCUACACAAGUCUGCAAAUGGCGAUUGGAAUGCAUUGGCCAAGAAGGCCGGUGUUGAGGAGGAAGAGGCUACUCGCUUCCUCGAGUACGCUGCCAUGUUUCUCGGCAACAAUGGCAACUACAAGAGCUUCGGUGACUCCAAGUUCAUUCCUCGCUGCUCCGAGAAGACUGUCGCUGCUCUUGCUGCCACCUCCCCUGAGGCCCAGAAGUUCUACGAGGCCACCAAGGGUGGUAUCUUCAGCUCUGACAACCCUGCCAUGAUGCACCUGGGCUACCCUGAUGAUGGACACAUGACUACUUACUACCCCGAGUCCUCCCACAUCACCAAAGACGAUAUCAAGGCCGUCUCAGGCUGGAUGGAGUCCAAGGGUCUGCUCCCCGAGAACAACCGUCUUCGCAAGACCUCUGAUGGCAACUUUGAAAUCCUGAUCGCCUCCGCCGUUAAGGAAAUCCCCAGCAACGGAGGUGAUAUUGGUAAGCAGACUGAGUUCACGGUCGAAGAUGGAGCUCUAAAGGGCAAGGCUAUCAAGCUAGUCUACGGUGACUACGCUGAGGAGAUGAAGAAUAUCACCGCUUUCAUCAACGGUGCUGCUGAGAACGCUGAGAACGACACCCAAAAGAAGAUGCAUGAGGCUUACAGCAAGUCUUUCGAGACUGGUUCUUUGGAAGACUUCAAGAACAGUCAAAGAUACUGGAUCAAGGACAAGGGACCUAUGGUUGAGUCUAACAUUGGAUUUAUUGAGACUUACCGUGACCCUGCUGGUAUCCGCGGAGAGUGGGAAGGUUUCGCAUCUAUGGUUAACUUGGAGCGGACUCGUGCCUUUGGUGAGCUCGUGGAGAAGGCUCCCAAGCUUAUUCCCCUUCUGCCCUGGGGUGCCGACUUUGAGAAGGACAAGUUCCUGUCUCCCGAUUUCACUUCUCUUGAGGUUAUGACAUUUGCUGGCUCCGGUAUCCCCGCUGGUAUCAACAUCCCCAACUACGAUGACAUUCGUCAGACCGAGGGUUUCAAGAACGUGUCGCUCGGCAAUGUGUUGAGUGCCAAGGCUCCUGAUGAGAAGAUCCCCUUUAUCCGUGAUGAGGAUCUCGAGGUCUACAAGAAGCAGCGCGAUGCUUCUUUCGAGGUCCAGGUUGGUCUUCAUGAGCUUACCGGUCACGGUUGCGGUAAGCUCCUUCAGGAGACUUCCCCAGGCACCUUCAACUUCGAUAAGGAGAACCCUCCCGUCAGCCCUGUCGACAACAAGCCUAUCGCAACAUGGUACAAGCCCGGUCAGACUUGGGGCUCCGUCUUCGGUAGCAUUGCUGCCUCAUACGAGGAGUGCCGUGCUGAACUUGUUGCCAUGCACCUGAGCUGCGAGUUCCCUGUUCUCAAGAUCUUUGGCUUCGGCGAUGGUUCCGAGGACAUGAGCAGUGAGGCUGGCGAUGUUUUGUUCGCCUCCUAUCUGUCCAUGGCCCGAGCUGGACUUGCUUCACUGGAGAUGUGGGACCCCAAGAGCCAGAAAUGGGGACAGGCUCACAGCCAAGCCCGCUUCUCCAUCCUCAAGUGCUUCCUUGAGGCUGAGGAUGAUUUCUGCAAGCUCGACUACAAGCAAGAUGACCUUUCAGACCUGACCAUCAAGCUCGAUCGCUCCAAGAUCCUCACAGCUGGUCGAGAUGCUGUUGCCAAGUAUCUCCAGAAGCUUCACAUCUACAAGUCGACUGCUGAUGUCAAGACGGGCACCGACUUCUAUGUCCACAUGACAACCGUCGACCCUGACUUCUGGGGCAAGAAGGUUCGCGAUAUUGUUCUCAAGAACAAGCAGCCUCGCAAGGUCUUUGUCCAGGCCAACACCUCUCUGGAUGAAUCAUCUGGAAAGGUCUCUAUCAAGCACUACGAAGCCUCAUUGGCCGGCAUGGUCCAGAGUUGGGUAGAGCGCGACCUGUGA